CAUGAACCAUUAAGUAACAACGAUAUAGGUUGUACUUGUAUAAGAGACACAUUUCUGCAAUUAUGGAACAUCUUUCUGUAGCAAAAGCCAUAUGUAUGUACUUAUUGAAAAAUUUGUCACCAAGAGUAGUCCGUGCUAAUUUUGACAGAUAUUUCUCACCUACCAAUCUACUCUCAACGCUGACUGCAAAAUAUAACACUCUCUUGGACUUGAAAUCAAAGGGAAUUCUGAACCAGACUCGAAGGCAUAUUUUAGUUCCAAGAAAUGGGGUAGCUGAUUCCAAAACAUUUGAUGUAGCAUUGAUGAUCUGUUUGAUCAAAAACUUGACAACUAUCAUUCCUGUAAUCAAUGGAUUUUACCGUGAACCACAAGCGAUAACAUUACAGAACAUCAGAUUUAAAUUGCUGAGGGACACCCCAACCCGUCAUGCUACAACAAUAGUAGACCUUGGUUAUCUCAAUACAACAUGCAGAUAUAUAUCAGACAUAAAAUUGGGAACAGCAUUGUGGUAUAUUUUGAGCUACAAACUUACAGCUAUAAAAGCUAUUAAACACACCAGCGAAGAAAUUUCUAAAUGCAAAGAAACAACAGACGUCGAUUUCCGAUAUCAACUACAGAAAGCAGAUUAUUUGACUAGGGAUUUGGCUGUGAUAAUUUGCAGAGUGAAAAGAGGAAUGAAAGAAAAAAUUUCUGAACGCAAAGAAACAAUAGACGAUGAAUAUCGAUACCAACAAUUUAAAAAAGAAUUACAACAAUACUGCAAAAAAGGUCUAUAGAAUCGUCUUCUUUGAAGUAAUCAAAACAGAAAGAUGUAUAUUUUGGUUUAGUGAUUUGUCAUGCAUACAGUGGAGAAAUGAGUUGAAAUGGAUUACAAUACCUUAAAUGGCAUUGAUUAAAUUUUACACGGACAGAUAGACAAGCGUCCAGUAAAUCAUAUGAGGAAAGAACGUUUUAGCAAAAUAUGGUUAAACAAUGAAGCCAAAGCUAUAUUUCAAAGUAUUAUCCAUUAUACGUUAUAAUAUGCAGCAGCUUUUUGUAUUAACAGCAAAUCUGUUUAUUCUCUUAUUGGUGAAGAUUAUUGGAAAAUUGUUGUAUACAAAGUUGUUUGAGUUAAGUUAUUGUAAAUUUAGAAAAUAUAAGUUUUAUCAGUUUGUUUUAAUCCCCAUCAUUCUAUUAAAAACUAAGCUUUUGUCGUAAAAAUCAUACUUUUUUUUAUGUGGAGUGAAUAUCUUAUUUGGCGCUCCCAUUAAUAAAACAAAUCACGAUACUUUGUUCCUUUACAGUGUGUAGUGUUAAGUUUUAUCUAAUUUAGUUUUAGAUUAAGCCCCCUAAUUAUAUGAAUUAGGUCAUUUGUUUGAACUAUAUUUUUUUUCAGUUAGACGUUUCUAUAUUGCCAUUUUUAGUUUGUACAUUUGAGUGUAUUUUACUUCGUUUUCAGUUGCGGAUCCAGGGAUCUAUAGAAUCGUCUUCUUUGAAGAAAUUGAAACAGAAAGAAGUAUAUUUUGGUUUAGUGAUUUGUCAUGCAUACAGUGGAGAAAU